UUUCUAGAUGUGCGGUCUGAGCCAACCCACAGUCCGUCCCCUCCGUCGGAGCUCUCCAGAAAGUUCUGCACCGUGAAGCCGUUAUAAGAGCCAGCCAUCUUCCCCCAGCAGCCUCACAGUCAAUCGUUUGAAAGCUUGGAUAGCAACCACCGGGCAAAUUUGUCACCAUGGUUCACGAAACCGGCUACUACGAUCUGUUGGGUGUCAGCCCCAAAGCUUCACCGGAGGAAAUCAAGAAAGCCUACAGAAAGCUGGCGUUAAAAUAUCACCCUGACAAGAACCCCAACGAAGGAGAGAAGUUCAAGCAUAUAUCUCAAGCAUAUGAUGUGCUGUCAGAUCCAAAGAAAAGAGACUUGUAUGACCAAGGAGGGGAGCAAGCUAUCAAAGAGGGAGGCAUGAAUGGAGGCUCUAAUCCUAUGGAUAUUUUCAACAUGUUCUUUGGAGGUGGAGGACGGAUGCAGAGAGAAAGAAAGGGGAAGAAUGUUGUCCACCAGCUUAGCGUCACACUGGAGGAGAUGUACAAUGGUUCAACCAGGAAGCUUGGACUUCAAAAGAAUGUAAUUUGUGAAAAAUGUGAAGGUUAUGGGGGUAAGAAGGGUACUUUGGAGAAGUGUUCGACUUGCAAAGGAAGAGGAGUACAAAUCAAGGUGCAACAGAUCGGACCAGGCAUGAUCCAGCAGACCCAAAGCAUGUGUUCAGACUGCCAGGGACAGGGCGAGAAAUUUAGCUCAAAGGACCGCUGCAAGAACUGCAACGGACACAAAGUAGAACGCAAGAAGAAAAUUCUUGAAGUUCACAUUGACAAAGGUAUGAAAGAUGGUCAGAAAAUUACAUUCCACGGAGAAGGUGACCAGGAACCUGGACUGGAGCCUGGGGAUGUAAUCAUUGUGCUGGAUCAGAAGGAGAACCCAGUUUUCAAGAGACAAGAGGAUAAUUUAAGAACAACUGUGAACCUUAAACUUGUUGAAGCCCUGUGUGGUUUCAAGAAGACCAUUCAGACGUUGGACAACAGAACACUCAUCAUCUCCACACAGCCAGGAGAAGUAAUCAAGCCUAAUGACAUCAAAUCAAUUCAGAAUGAAGGCAUGCCAAUAUACAAGGAGCCUUAUGAAAAGGGACUACUUAUUGUUCAGUUCCAGGUGGAAUUCCCAGAGAAACACUGGCUCCCAGAGCAUCUAAUGUACCAGCUGGAGAGACUGCUUCCUGCCAGAGAGGAUUUGUUGAUUGUUGAUGAAAUGGAGGAAGUGGACCUAUGUGAAGUGGAUGUGCAUUCACAACAGAAAACAUACAGCGGGGAAGCUUAUGAUGAAGAUGACGACGAAGGUCCCAGAAGCGGUGUGCAAUGUCAGACACAGUAAUUGUAGUCAGUAAUGCAUAUACUCUGUAAAGAGUGUCGGGGUUUUUCUUGAUGUUUGCUAUUUCUUUUUGUUUUUCUUUUGCAAAGGACGUGGUUUUACUUACAUCUUUAAAGUCCUUGUUCCAUGAGGUAAUGCACUGUUAAUGUGUGGCAUUCAGUUUGGAUAUGGAUAUGCAAGUCAAGUACUGUGCUCCCAAAGUUAUCAAAACUGUAUUUUGGUGUACUGUCAUGUUUCCUAUUUAAGAUCUGUAUCUUUUAUGUGUCUUUCUCGUGAAAUCUGCAGCACAAAUGUUUCCUUUUCAUACAGAAGCUGAAAGGACUACUUGUAUGCUUUCUGUGAAGGUAAUUUCAAUCACAAACAUUUUUGAUCAUUUGUCAAUAAAAGUCCCAGAAUGCUUCAA